AGCUUUCAGCAAAAAAGAUAUUCCUUUAACUUUAGUCUUUGAGAAAAAUGGAAAACCAAACAAAAGAAUUUCCCAAGAACGAAAUUCAUUCCCAGGAAAGCGAAGAGGAGAACGAGAAAAAACAGGAUGCCUGGAUUCAGAACAGAAAUUCACAGUCUGGCAACUCUUUUGAGGAGGAAAUCAGCCGUCUGAAAUCUCUUUUGGAUGCAGAAAGCGCAAGAUUUAACGAAGAACAGCAAAGAGCAAACAGGUUGGACAAAGAAUUACAUGAUGCAAAACUCCAGCUCCAAAAAUGGAAGGAGUUUAGUGAGAGGAACGGUCACAUGGGAUUGAACACCAGUGUUGACACCUUAUCAGCUGAGCUCUUGAUGGAAAAGGAGAAAAAUAAGGUCCUACAGCGAGAGAAAAACGAGGCAAGCGAACAGCUCAAAUCUUCUGAGGAAAGAGAGAAGCUUUUACAGAGCGAGUUGGACCAAUUCAAGGCGUUACAUGAGGAAGUUAUCACUAAGCUUCAGAUGGAUCUUAUUAGUCGGACAGAAAGGCUGGCGACGUUGGAGGAGGAUCUAAUUAGGGAAAAAAGAGCCAACUCCAAAACAACCGUGAAACUUACAUUCCCGUGGAACCUGAAAGGCGAGAACAAAGCUCAGCGUACAGAGCCGAAGCAGGAGAUUGCAAUGCAGAGAAAGACGUCUGAAGAGCCGGAGACGCUUUUGCAGGGAGGGCUGGAGCAGAUGACGGUAUUAUACGAUGACCUAAGCACUCGUUAUCAAACCGAUGUUAAAUUCCUAAAAACACACACUAUAUCAUUAGAGCAGGAGCUAAGAAACCACAGAGAAACUCAUUCCGAGGUGGUGAAGAUGCACCGCAUGCUUUACACUCAACAAGAAGCUGAGAAGGAGGCUCUCUGUCAAAAACUGGACUCCCUGCAAAACGCCUUUAAAGAGACAGAAACAGGUCACCAGAGAGAGCUGGAGGACAUCAAGGAGGUACACCUGGAGAUCGUCAGGAAGAACGCAACAGAUGCUGAGAACCUGAGGGGGCAGGUGGACGCUCUGGAGCGGGAGCUAAAGGAUGAGAGGUACGCUCACGCUGAGACGGACAUUAGGGCCAUCAGGGACGUGAAACGUCUAAAAGCAGAGAAGAAGAUGCUGCUGCAGGAAACGGAUGAACUCAAAAAGAGGAUCUCUGCGGGCCAGGUGAAGUUUAACGAAGAGCUGGAGGCUCUGAGAGCGGAAAAAGAAAAUCAAAUUCAACGUAACCGUCAGCUUUGCGACGAGCUGAACGAGAGAGUCAACAAGACUUCUGAACCGGAGGAGGCAGAAAAGAAGCCGUUUUUGAAAAAAGUACGACAUGCUCUUGGUCUGAGGAAACCAGAAAAAUGGAAGAAAAAUAAGCCCACCUGAAAUAGGCCAGGAUGGAGGGAUGCGAGGCGGAGCCGCGCUACACCAUCGAGCAGAUCGACCUCCUGCAGCGCCUGCGCCUCUCCGGCAUGACCAAGCCUCAGAUCCUCCACGCCUUGGAAUCCCUGGAGCGGCUGGACCCCGAGCACCGCCCGGCGCACGGCGACCCUCGCCCGGCCCCGCCCAACGGCGCCGCCCCCGCCACGGGCGCCCCCGCCCCGUCCUCGUCCUCCUCCUCGUCCUCCGCCUCCUCGCUCUCUCUGGCCUCCGCCACCACCCAGACCUCGGGCCUGGACGGCGCCGCGCUGUCCCCCAGCAACAGCUACGAGGCCUCGCCGCCGCCCCUGUACCCGCCCAGCGUGGUGGUGCAGCGGGCGUUCAGCUACGACAUGAUGGGGGAGGAGGAGUGGGACCUGGAGGAGAAGGUGGAGGAGUACAUGAGGAGAGACAGCAACCUGGUGAAGGAGGAGAUCAAAACGUUCCUGAACAAUCGGCGGAUCUCUCAGGCAAUCGUGGGCCAAGUUACAGGCAUCAGCCAGAGCUACAUCUCCCAGUGGCUCCUGCAGCAGGGGCUGGAGAUGAGCGACUCCAAGCGCAGAGCCUUCUACCGCUGGUACCUGCUGGAGAGGAACAAUCCAGGCCUGAGGUGGAGUGAAAGCCAGCACAGCGUGAGUCCCACGCCCAGGGCCAGGGGAGGGGACAGAGAUGGGACGGUAGCAGGGGCGAGCGGCAGCCUCCUCAACAUCUUCCCCAACCCCAACACCAGCCUGAUGCCCAACCACAGCCCGUCGUGGAGCAGGCAGAGGGAGCUGCUGAUGCACCUGCUGCCGUGGUACACUGCCGCCGCCGCCGCCGCAGCAGCUGCCCAGGCCCAGCCAGGCGCCACCCUGUCGAUGCGUUCUUUGGUGAAGGAGGAGCCUGACUGGAGAACGGGCAUCAUCGCCAGCGACAGAGCGGGGAUAGUAGGCGGUCCUCUCAGGCUGCGCAGGGGGAGCAGGUUCACCUGGAGGAAGGAGUGCCAGUCGAUCAUGGAGAGCUUCUUCGUGGAGAACCAGUAUCCGGAUGAGGCCAAGCGGGAGGAGAUUGCCAACGCCUGUAAUUCUGUCAUCCAGAAGCCAGGCUGUAAACUGUCAGAGUUUGAGCGGGUGACGGCGCUGAAGGUGUAUAACUGGUUCGCCAACCGUCGGAAGGAGAUGAAGAGAAGAGCAAACAUAGAAGCUGCCAUCUUGGAAAGCCAUGGGAUUGAGGUGCCAAGUCCGAGCUGCCACUCAAACGGCGAAGAGGGAGAGCUGCAAGAGUUUGCAGAUCCGGUGAACCAUCGGUUCUCAGAGCAGGAGGACAGCACUUCCCAGAAAACCGUUGACCACCAGAGCCGCUCCUCUCUGACCGGCGGGGAGGCCCCGCCGAGCCCCGGCACUCAGGGCGUACAGCAGAAGGACGAGGAUUCAAAAAGGGAGUCCGUGGACGAGGAGUGACUAAACCCAGCCGAACGGAAUUUGAUUCGGUCUGAAACAGAACAGUAACCCCCCCCUCCGGCUCCUCCCACGCGGGACCUUUUGGGUCAGUGGGACGGAAGGAGGGCGUUGAAGCUCUCUGAGGUGCCUCGGGAAGGUGAGGAGGCCACCGCAUCUAUCAACAGUAAUCCUGCUUAUAAUAAUGGCAAUAUAAAGUUUAUGUAUAGGUAA